CCCGGGUGCGAGGGGCGGGGCGCGUCGUCGGAGCCCGUUUACGACAACGUGCGGCUGCGCGGCUUGGCUGACGGCAGCGCCGCGCCGCUCUCGGGGAGGUCACUCCGGAGACGGCGUAGGUUUGGGGGUGUUGGGGUCGGUGGCACGAUGUGGCGCGUCUGUGCGCGACGGGCCCGGGAUGCGGCUCCCAGGGCCGGGUUCGGGGCUCGGCGGGCCGCCCUGCGGGAGGGUCCGGGGGUCCCGAGCGCAACCCCGCGGGGCGCUCCGGCCCCGGCUCGUUGCCACGGCGCGACCCCUGGAUACUGCGGCGUCCGCGCCGUCUGCGGCUGGCGCCCCGGCCCGUGGGCCACGUCGCGGGGUCGCUUCCCGCUGCAGCUGUUGGGGUCGCCCGGCCGCCGCUGUUACAGUCUCCCCCCGCAUCAGAAGGUUGCAUUGCCCUCUCUUUCCCCCACCAUGCAAGCAGGCACCAUCGCCCGUUGGGAGAAAAAGGAAGGGGAAAAAAUCAACGAGGGCGAACUCAUUGCAGAGGUUGAAACUGAUAAAGCCACGGUGGGAUUUGAGAGCAUGGAGGAGUGUUACAUGGCAAAGAUACUUGUUGCUGAAGGCACCAGAGAUGUUCCCAUUGGAUCAGUCAUCUGUAUCACAGUUGAAAAACCUGAGGAUAUUGAGGCCUUUAAAAAUUAUACAUUGGAUUCGGCAGCACCCACCCCACAAGCAGCCCCAGCACCAACCCCUGCUGUCACUUCUUCGCCACCUACACCUUCUGCUCAGGCUCCUGGUAGCUCAUUUCCCACUCACAUGCAGGUGCUUCUUCCUGCCCUCUCUCCCACCAUGACCAUGGGGACAGUUCAGAGAUGGGAAAAAAAAGUGGGUGAGAAGCUAAGUGAAGGAGACUUAUUGGCAGAGAUAGAGACUGACAAGGCCACUAUAGGUUUUGAAGUACAAGAAGAAGGUUACCUGGCAAAAAUUUUGGUCCCAGAAGGCACAAGAGAUGUCCCUUUAGGAACACCACUCUGUAUCAUUGUAGAAAAAGAGGCAGAUAUACCAGCAUUUGCUGACUAUAGGCCAACUGGAGUAACUGAUUUAAAGCCACAAGCACCACCACCUACCCCUCUCCCGGCGACCCCUGUUCCUCCAACUCCCCAACCUGUAGCCUCUACACCAUCAGCCACCCGCCCGGCUACUCCUGCUGGACCAAAGGGACGGUUGUUUGUUAGCCCUCUUGCAAAGAAAUUGGCAGCAGAGAAGGGGAUUGACCUUACACAAGUAAAAGGGACGGGACCAGAAGGCAGAAUCAUCAAGAAGGACAUCGACUCUUUUGUGCCUACUAAAGCUGCUCCUGCUCCAGCAGCUGCCGUGCCCCCCCCAGCUCCAGGAGUGGCACCAGUACCUACAGGUGUCUUCACAGAUAUCCCAGUCAGCAACAUUCGUCGAGUUAUUGCACAGCGGUUAAUGCAAUCCAAGCAAACCAUACCUCAUUAUUACCUUUCUAUUGAUGUCAAUAUGGGAGAAGUUUUGCUGGUACGGAAAGAACUUAAUAAGAUGUUAGAAGGGAAAAGCAAAAUUUCUGUCAAUGACUUCCUCAUAAAAGCUUCAGCUUUGGCAUGUUUAAAAGUUCCUGAAGCAAAUUCUUCUUGGCUGGACACAGUUAUAAGACAAAAUCAUGUUGUCGAUAUCAGUGUUGCAGUCAGUACUCCUGCAGGACUCAUCACACCUAUUGUAUUUAAUGCACAUAUAAAGGGGCUGGAAACCAUUGCUAAUGAUGUUGCUUCUUUAGCAACCAAAGCACGAGAGGGUAAACUACAGCCACAUGAAUUCCAGGGUGGCACUUUUACGAUCUCCAAUUUAGGAAUGUUUGGAAUUAAGAACUUCUCUGCUAUUAUUAACCCGCCUCAGGCGUGUAUUUUGGCCAUUGGUGCUUCAGAAGAUAGGCUGGUUCCCGCAGAUAAUGAGAAAGGAUUUGAUGUGGCCAGCAUGAUGUCUGUUACACUCAGUUGUGAUCAUCGGGUUGUGGAUGGAGCAGUUGGAGCCCAGUGGCUUGCUGAGUUUAGAAAGUACCUUGAAAAACCUAUCACCAUGUUGUUAUAAUUAACCCAAGAAUUUCUACAGACUUUCCCAAGUUACAUUGGUUCAUUCUUAUCAAGAUAUAAAUAUGUUAUUAAAUAGGUGUUUCUUUUUACUUUAAAGCUAACCAGUUGUUUUUUAGUCUGUCCAGUUAAGUUAUUUGUAAUGGUCAUUAUGUUAUCUUUUAAAAUGCCAGUUACACCCAAAUAUUGUGCACAUUUAGUAAAUACCGGCUUUUAAGCUGUGUACUCGUAGGCAAGGGACAUGCAGCAUAGCACUUUGGUGAUAAGUACUUCCACUGGGAAAUGUAGAGGUAGAAUGAGUCAGGUAUAUUCAAAUAACCUGGAUGAAACCAUGAGAUUUUGAGAUUUAAUUGCCUCAAAUGUUUUCCUUAUAUUUGAAGAAAAAUCAGGAAAAUUAACUCUCUUGGAGAAAAGGUUUGAAUCGAAGUGUGAUGUUGUAACUUAACCCUAAUUAAAAUUUUUCUGUUAUAUGAUCUUGGUUUUAUCAUGGAUGGGAAAAGUAGAAAACUUCAAAGAAAAUAAGUGAAACUUUAAAAGUCAACAUUUUCUUAGAUUUCUUCAACCACUGUUCUAUGUUUAUUUUUUUAUGUAUCCUAAAAAGGUGGUUCCCCCUUGAGAUGAGAUAGAAAUAUAAACCAGCUGCUUGGCAUAAAUGAGAAUUUGUGUGGGUGUUUAAACAAUUUAAAUGUAUAAUUCUGAGCAAAAUUCUACAGUUACCUCCAAAUAAAAGAAUAUGCUUAUAGAAUUUUACAGAGAAGUUGUGAAAGAAUUUUUCCUCCAAUAUCAACUGGAGGUUACUUGCAAAUGAACUUAAUUACCAGAAUUUACUACUCAGAUAACUUUGGGAAACUGGAAUACGUAUACAUAUAUAACAUAUGAUUUCUAGCAAGAUAUGUGCCAAAGUCUGUAUGUAUAUCAACAAGUUCUGUCUGAAGAGGGAGAGAGAUACAUUGGUGAACAGUUUAGAAUAUAAAAGAUGAUGACCACAACAAAAUGGUCAUUUCUAUUUGGAAAGAGGAAAAACUUAAAUGUGUGUUACAGUGUCCUUUGUUUUUCCACCCCAGUGUUGACUCGUGUAAAAUAAAAAAAGCCCUAAAAUCCUAUUGGAGAGAAAAUAAUUAUUUAGGUUGCAUACUACCUUAUCAGCCUAAAUAUUUUUUCCCAUUUUGCCUUCUGAGCAGGGACUGGGGUGAGGUUCAAGAUAAUAAAAAUGAAUUGGGAACAUUAUCACAAUUCCAGGCUUUUUAUUGAAUUGAUGUGCUUUAAUAAAUAUUUGAAAUUGUUUGACUAUUUAAAAUUAAUCUGACUAGUGCUUCCUUGUAUGUAGUAUGUGGAGCUAUCCUCUGAAAUUUAGGUCUUUCGUUGUUGAAUCUAUUUCUAAAUGUUCAUUAUUACAUGGUGCACAGUGACACUCCAUCUAUUCCAUAAAUAUUUCCCUUGUACAGUUAUGAAAACAUACAGUAAUUGGUAAUUAUAGCUUGAACUGAAGAUUAUGCAGAAGGAACAAGCGUCUCACAGGGACCAUCAUCAGUAUGAGCCACAUCUGGUUCAAACACAUGAAACUUCAGAGAUAAUUCAUUAUUUGCUAAUGUUUAUGGCUCUUUUGUUCCCUUUAAAGAAAAAAUUAAAAGUUGCCUUCUAAUAAAAAUUGAUCUGAAUUAAAAAUUAAUCUGGCCUGUAAUCUAAAUCUGGAUUCAGUCUAUGUAUCUUACCAAAAUUGAAAGAGUAAAAGUUAGAAAAAGUGGUUUGGUUCAAAUUAGAUUGUUUAAAAGUGAAAUUAUGUUUUCAAUGUGUCUGAUCUAAUUUUUGACCUGUAGGUAAUUGAUUUUCACAUUAAGUGGUUAAGUGCAGGGACAGCUAAUGUAUGUAUAAGCUCUUAAUACAGAUACAUUUUGACUUUAUAAAAUUGAUAAAAUCAGGACUCAGUUCAGAAGGGUAUAAUCUAAUACUGUAAGCUCAAGGAGUUACUGAAGACCUCAUGUUGGGAUAUGGCACAUAGCAAGAUGAAAGUGUGGUCUGGCUCUGUUAGAUACUUAACUCCAAUCCUGAGGUUUGUGUGAAUGUAGUUAUGGUGUCUCGGGGCAUUGUCUACAAGAGGGGUUGACAGGAAUGUGUUGCAAGGAGUACUCAUCACCUGUACGCAAGCCCUGGAAUACAUGGGAAAUGAUCACUACUGAUAGUUGAUCUAAAACCAAGUUUAUAGAAAAAUCUAGUUUCCAAACAAGGAUAAUUAACAUCCACCUUGAAUAAUUUCCAGUUUUGAGGAAAAAAGAUGUUGGCAAGAUUCAAAUUUAACCUCCACAGUUAAUUUUAAGUUAAUGCUUUUCCUGGGCCAAGUUUUGCUUUUUUGCAGGGAGAAGGAGGUGAUGUUUUCAUGAAUAUAAAAUCCAUUGAAGGCCUGACCAGUAUGAUUAAGUGAUUAAGCAUCGACCCAUGAACCAGGAGGUCACGGUUUGAUUCCUGGUCAGGACAUAUGCCCAGGUUUUGGGCUCGAUCCCCACCUAGUAGGAGAUGUGCAGGAGGCAGCCGAUUGAUGAUUGAUUCUCAUCAUUGAUGUUUCUAACUCUCCCUCUCCCUUACUCUCUGAAAUCAAUAAAAACAUUUAUAAAAAAUGGAAAAGAAAAAGAAAAA